ACCGUAAACAAUCUUUUUUGGUCCGUUUAUAAUCCUUUAAGAAUUUACAGCAGAUUCAAAAUUCAACAAAAUCAGGAGGAGGAUCUUGACUGGGACGAGAGAUUCAAUCCAAGAUGCAUUUGAUUAAUGCGGUGCUGGCGGCGAGGAUGUUGACGACAAUUGGCCAGUCAAACGGCGUCGUCGGAGAGGGAAUUCCGUUCGGCUCCGUCUGGUGGUUUAUCUACGCCGGAGUUUCUUGCUGUUUGGUGCUUUUCGCCGGUAUUAUGUCUGGUCUAACCUUAGGUCUCAUGUCUAUUGGACUGGUCGACCUUGAAAUUCUCCAACGUAGCGGCACUUCCACGGAGAAAAAACAAGCAGCGACUAUUCUUCCGGUGGUUCAGAAACAACACCAGCUUCUUGUGACUUUGCUACUCUGUAAUGCAGCUUCUAUGGAGGCCCUUCCUAUAUAUCUGGAUAAGCUUUUCAAUCAGUAUGUUGCUAUAAUACUCUCUGUGACUUUUGUUCUGGCUUUUGGAGAGGUUAUUCCUCAAGCAAUAUGUACACGAUAUGGUCUUGCUGUAGGGGCAAAUUUUGUAUGGCUUGUACGAAUUCUAAUGGUUAUUUGUUAUCCAAUAGCUUAUCCCAUUGGAAAGAUUUUGGACUGGGUACUGGGGCAUAAUGAGGCCCUAUUUAGGCGAGCUCAGUUAAAAGCUCUCGUCUCAAUCCACGGCCAGGAGGCUGGUAAGGGAGGUGAACUAACACAUGAUGAGACAACAAUUAUCAGUGGAGCACUAGAUUUGACUGAGAAGACUGCUGAGGAAGCUAUGACACCUAUUGAAUCAACUUUUUCCUUGGAUGUCAAUUCAAAGUUGGACUGGGAGGCAAUGGGUAAAAUUCUUGCUCGAGGUCAUAGCAGGGUACCUGUCUAUUCCGGGAACCCAAAAAAUAUUAUUGGACUUCUGCUGGUGAAAAGUCUUCUUACUGUGAGACCUGAGACGGAGACUCCAGUUAGUGCUGUUUCGAUCCGAAGAAUUCCAAGGGUACCAUCAGAUAUGCCACUUUAUGAUAUAUUGAAUGAAUUUCAAAAGGGCAGCAGUCAUAUGGCAGCAGUUGUGAAGGCUAAAGGAAAAAGCAAGGCUCUUCCACCAAUGACUGAUGGGGAAAAUAAAGCCAAUUGUGGAGAUUCUGAUCUGACUGCUCCUUUGCUGUCCAAGCAGGAUGAAAAGCCAGAAAACGUUGUUGUUGAUAUUGACAGGCCUUCAAGGCCUAACAAUUUGAGUCGACAAACUUCUUCACAACGUAGUGAGUCGGCCGUGACAAAUGGAUUAGCAUAUGCAUCUGAGGAUAUUGAAGAUGGUGAAGUGAUUGGUAUCAUCACCCUGGAAGAUGUAUUCGAAGAACUUUUGCAGGAGGAGAUUGUCGAUGAGACAGAUGAAUACGUUGAUGUACAUAAAAGAAUCCGUGUGGCUGCAGCUGCUGCUGCUUCAUCUGUAGCACGAGCUCCAUCAAGUCGCAGGCUAAUUGGCCACAAAGCAGCUGGCGGCCAAAGUAAGCAAGCCCCAACGACUCCAAAGAAGUCUGCUGAGAACGAUUCGAAUUCAAUGAAAGGUGCGCCCUCGUCUUGAUAGUGAGUGUCGUGCUUGGUCAUCUGAAUGGGAGGGGAUUUUUUUAUCCAUACAUAAAAAAUGAACAAUAAGGCAAUAUAAUUUGAGUGAAAUUUUGACGUUCAUUUUAGUUGAUUCUCUUUCCCUUCUCAACUAAACUCAAGAAUCCGUUAUGGUUAGGAGCAAAAUAGUAGUUUUGAUGUAAUUCAGAGUGUAAUAUGUAUCGAACACAAGUGUUUGAAUUGGUUUGAAUUUAGCUCGUUUAUGAAAACGAGUUUAAUUUUUAUGUUAAACUCAGUUUUUUCUAUCA